AUGUGGUCCCUCGCGAACACCGUCAUCAGCGUCCUCGCUUUAUCGAGCAUCGCCCUGUCUGCUCCCGCUGCCGACAUUGAGGCCGUAUCUACCCUUGAGACUCGCAAGUCCAAGUCAUGCACAAAGGGAAACUACUAUGACUGUGUUCUCUCUUGGGGCUUGACGUGUCAUGUUGGUUGCUUGAGAGAAGGACCAACUAUCGCCAAGCAAGACUGUGAGAAUGACUGUCAAUUUGAAGCCUCCAAGAAUUGCGAAAAGUGGUGCCACUAG